AAAGUCAAAAUAAAGAGUUUGUUUUUUUUUUAUGCAGGCUCUCAUCUUACCUCCACCCCUGAAAUCAACAUUCAAGAAGUUAUACAAAGAUGAUACAACUUUUAUUCAUACUUUUGAUGAUCCAAAUAGCAUUCAUCUUAAUAUUAUCUUUUGCAAAUCCAAUACGAAAAUUGGUGGUGAUAGGGCUCGACCUUUUGAAGCAGGGGAGGGGCCCCUUAGUCACAAAAACUGUGGCAGCAACUAUGUGUGUGGUCUUGAGCUCCACCGUGUAUACUAUAACCAAAAUCCAAAAACGUUCAAAGGAUGCUAGCAUAGUUAAUCCAACUGAUGAGGUGUUGAUGGCACAUCGUCUCUUGGAAGCAGCUUUCUUGGGAUUCUCUCUGUUCCUUGGAUUGGUUAUCGACAGACAACAUUAUUAUAUUAGAGAGAUUAAUUUACUAAGGAAGAACCUGGAAACAUGGAAAAAACGAAAUCACAAUCAUGACUCCUUAAAGAGAAGAGUGGAAACUGAGAAGCCAAAUCCCAAAGGUCGAGCUCAAGUAAGCGGAAAGUGAGACAGAGUUUGCAAAUAACCAAUGUCCUGAAAAGGGAAAAAAUCUGAAGGAGGCCAUGAACUGUCUUGAAGCAUGAAAAUGUUGCAUGUACUUGUAUGAAUGUGCAAUGCUCAGAAUUGAAUUGAACUGAAUAUACAUACAUAAAAAUUGUUCUAAUUGUGUCUGUAAAUGAUUUAUUUUAUUUUUUAUGUAACAACUACAGAAAACAAAUAAGUUCAAAUUUGAAGAUGUGUGAGCAUUCAUAUA